UGGGGAGGUGGGUAUGUCGGUGUUAGUGAUAUAUGUGCUCGUGUGGGCGAGUGAGAGAAAUUCCAAGCUCUGGCCAAAAAAGUUAUCCUUUCCUUCUUUCAAGUCAGUUGUAAGGUGACCUCCGACGAGAAGAGACAAUCGAGAAGCAAAGCUUUCUACCGCAGGGUUUUAUUUACACGUGGAACAUAAGAGAUUUGUCUCUGUGUUUGCUUGAGGUGCGCCACUUUUGGAAACACCCGCCACCGUCGGUUGGAACAAAAGAACAUUCACCAGAGUUUGCCCAAGAGUCUUGAAUGGCCACCGUAGCCCUCUCCCAUUUCUUCAAACCUAGUGCUUGUUGUAUUUGUAGUGACGGUUUCCUGACCCGGAAAUCAAUUCGCGGAAAAUCUCUUAACCAUGCGAGUCGCUGAUCGCCCAGGAGACAUCUCUAUUCUUACGCAUAUCUUUGUGUCCGACAACAGAACUGUUCGUGCUCGAGGAUUCAGGGUGUCUUAAUAGGAGACCCUUGUGACCCGUGAAUUGCUAAUUAUUAAUAUUCCUACCCACCCUUGGUUCACCCCCCUCUCGCAAACCCCACGGUCGCAAGCAAAACUCCCAGUCAGUCCUGAUACACUCGUCUCUCGGAAGAGCCUUCAUUUUUGGUUACUUUUGCACUUACUACGUGUUUGCUCAAGAAUUUAAUUUUUCCCAAGCUCCUUCAGACCAUUAAAUAUUAUCAAGCAGACAUCAGAGGACAGACAAUCAUCAGGUUCAAGUGUCGUUGUUUCUCCCGACUUUUCAUUGAUCUGCUUCCGUAACCGUGCUUAACCGCUGUGAAGAACCAACCUAUCGCAUUGGUCACUUGGAGCUUCCCAAAAUAUCCACGUCGGACCACCGCUUAUCAUUCCAAUCUUGACGUCGAUUUCCCCCUUGUUCCAAGUCUGACACAUACUCACAACAACUGACUGGUUGCCCAUUGAGAUCGUUAGGAUCUCCAACGCUCUGUGUUCGUUGACAAAUCGUUGUACGAACACAGGGCAUCAUCACAAGUGACCUGGUUGGCCUUUUAUUUGCACAAUAAUAAACUGGAUCAAGAAAGCAUUGUCAACUAUUUAAACACAGCCCAGCAUCUUAGUUUCCGUCACCGACCCUUUUGGCUGAGUAGUUAACAACUAGGGCAGACUCCUUGAUUCUAAAACAACUUUCCUCACACUUAUUCCCGUUUUCAAAUACUCAAUCAACUCAGGAUUGAGCGGGAAAUGGAACCAGGUUCCAAUUUGCAACCCCAUGAAACUCGAGUAGGGCGGCAGCUCUCCGUGACCAGCUCGGAAGGCCGGAAACCUCCCAACUUACAUUUGACGAAUCCGGAAGGAAUUCACGGGGACAAGAGUCCAGAUUCAGCCAGCCUUUAUUCGGAUGAGAUUCCCAGUGGAUACAACUCAGGAGAGCAAUAUGACACCUUAUCAACAGGAUACAUGUCUGGUGAGGCCUACGAGCUCCCUGAAACCCGAUUGGAGCUGCACGAACCUGCCCUGGAUGUCAUUGAUGAAUGCAUUCAGCCCUUAGGGAGCAAUGCCGUGUCCGAUGACAACAUUUUCGUGUUCCCCCUUGGAGUGGGAUUCAAGUCCAACUUGGAGAAAAAAGGCGAUGACGUGGAGUCGCUCAGCAGCACAAGCAGCAGUGACACCGCUCAUGCCAACACGGUUGAGGCCAAUGUUCAUCAUGAUUCUGGAUUGCCAGUGGCACGCUCCCCCAAUUACGUGGGUUCCGUUAAGAACAAGAUUAGAAAGAAGAUGGCAUCCCUUUCCAUUCCAAUGGACAAUACGCCAUUGGGGAAACUGGAUUAUGAUGAGCAAGAUAUCGAGUCCUCAGACUUUGGACCAGGGGCUGAUGCACCCACUGGAGGAUAUCGAGCUGUGCCAUCUGAUACCGACACGUCCGCCUUCGAUUCGGAUGCAAAUGCAUUGAUUUCUGGAGCCCCUGACUCUGGGACUGAGCUUCACCAUGCCUCCAUUCGGAACAAUUCCAAAGGAGCUCGAUUGGCAGCUCGAAAAGCCAAGAAGAUUCGAAAACACGACGAGCAAUGGUUUGACGCCAAUGACAACAAGUACUGGGCAGUCACGAGAAUCAUUUGCUUCUGGGGAUCCAUCCUCUGCAUGCUGACGAGCUUUGUUGUCGCCGGGGUUCUCAUCUAUCACAUGCCACGACAAUGUGAUCCAAUUGCGGAAUGGUAUCAAGGAAAUGUACUCCUUGAUGUCAAGCCCGAGUUUGCUUCUACUGGAACUGGAAAUGUUUACCGAAUGGAAAUCAGCCAAAUCAUUGACCGUCUGUCGUCCAUUCGAUCACAAGGUAUUCGAGGCAUUCACUUGAAACGUUUGAUGGCCGACCCCAAGGGCAAGCAGGAUACUUUCCUUCCCACAGCAGACUUUCGACGAGUGUAUGAAUCAGUUCUAGGGUCUGAACGAUCCAUCCAAGAGCUUGUGAACGCCGUUCAUGAUGUCAAUCUCACGCUGAUGGUGGAAAUCCCUGUGGUGGGGAGUCUGAACGAAACUGACAAAGGCGCCCUCACCUUGGAUCUGGAACACGCCGUAUCCAAAAACAUUCAGUUUUGGUCUCAACUUGGGGCAGAUGGAAUCUACCUGAAAGGCCUGGAACAUUUCGGAACUGAUGCGUGGGUAGCUCAAUCCGUUCAAAAUUGGCGAAUGAUCCUCGACAAGUUUGGCAACUCAAAUGAUAAACGAGUCCUCAUGACGUCGUAUAAGUUUGCUCAUAAUAUAUAUGAACACAACAACGAAGGAGCCAAAGACGCCUUGCAAAACAUCGAGUUGCUCGACGCCACAAUCAACAUUGAAGAGUCCAACUUGGGGGAGUUGACUCAAGAGGUAGCCAAGAUAGCCGAGUGGGACGCUAUUGAAGGCCGACCCUGGAUCAAUUGGAACAUGCGCUUCUUACAAAACCUCCAUUUGAACCACGCAGCCUUAGCUUUUCAACUUCUUCUCCCGGGGACGAUCAGUGUCUCCAACCAUUUGAACGACACGUUGUCGAAUCAAACGCUAAAGAACCUGACUGCAAUCCGCACCUUGGCUGUGCCAAUCUACAUGAAUGGAAACUACAAACGCUGUGAAUGUAAAGAGGGAACCACCAAAGAGACCAACUUCAUCUUGAGGGAUCCAUUUGGUGAUGUUCUGCAGUUGGAACGGUUUUACAACCGUCGUCAUCGAUUUGUUCUGGUGGCGAACUUCGGAGAUGUAGAGGCCUCCUUGGAGUCCGUUGGCAAGGUCUACUCCGUAGGUCAGAUCGCCAUGGACACAAGUGGAACGCAUUUGACGAAUGAGGAUGUCUCCAUACGGACCAUUAGUCUGGCCCCUGGGCAUGCGCUUCUCUUCAAGCUCCCCAAAUAACAUCAUCGAUCCACGACGAUCAGAACCAUAGUACUACUCGUCAAUUAUGAGGACAUGCAUACAUAAACCCUGACAACUUAGAAUGUAUCACUUUGAGAGUACCCUUAUUUUAGUAUCUACAUAAAUACUACUAUUAUUGUAUACCGAAUCGGUUGGUAGACGACUGCAUUGCCUUGGCUCAUCUUCUCGUCUAAAAAUCUAGUUGACGACUUGAGGUUGUUUCAAGACCUAGGCUCAUCCUUCCAAAACAGGAGUCACAGGGUCUGAUAGAUUUAUCAUUAUCAUGCUCUUGAAAUUUGGAUGAUGCAAAUUCUUAUUUUAGGAAUGAAAACAAAUGUUGCUUUUAGUGACACAAUAAAGCUCCUUCUCUAUGUAAACUCAA